AUGCUGGCGGCGGCGCCGACCGACGAGACACCCAUGCUAACCUUCAUCGUCACCAAGCCCGGCCAGCGGCUAAGCGUCACGCUGCCGCAGGAUGCGACGCUCCUGGCGCUGCACGAGGCGGUGGCGACGGAGGCUGAUCUUGUUCCGGGAACGUUUGAGCUUUGCGAAUCGGCCCGCGAUGAUGGCACCGAGGUUGCGCAUCGCCUUGACGACACCGGCGCCUACACCACCACGCUGCUGCAGGCGAGCUUCAGGCACAAGCAGCGAUUGCUGCUCCGAGGAGUGGAUGGAUGCACGCCUGUGCCGCAGUCAGACUCGCGCUCAAGCGCAGCCGCCCAGGCGCUGGGCACAGUUGCGCUGUGGAACUCCUCCCAGAGCUCUCCCAUCGCAGGCCUGUCGCAGGGACUGGCGGCUCUCGGCUCGGGCGCAGGCUGCACCGCGCCUCCGAAUGCCGAGGGCUUUGUCGGCCUGGUCAACCAAGGCGCCACGUGCUACCUCUCCUCGCUGCUGCAGUCUCUGUACAUGACACCCGAGUUCCGCCGGAUCGUCUACCAGUGGCGCCCGCGCGGGGAGCCAACUGCAGCGGGCGAGGGCGAGAGAGGCGAGGACAGUAGCGCAGCGGGCUCGAGCAGCAUCACCGCGCAGCUGCAGAGGCUCUUUGUGGCGAUGCAAGACGGGCAGGCGACGAAUGCGUCCCUGGCCGAGGCGGAAGCUGCUGCGGGCGCGGCCGACGCGGGCGCGGCAGGCGAAGGUAAGUUGCGCGCGGGCGGCUGCGGCUCGGUGCGAGCGAUAGACACGCGGGAGCUGACGCAGUCGUUUGGGUGGGGCGCCGCGGAUUCCUUCACGCAACACGACGUGCAGGAGCUGCUGCGCGUGCUCUUCGACGCGCUCGAGGCGGAGCUCGUCGGCACGGCGCAGGAGGGCGCCCUCGCCGAGCUCUACGGCGGCGAGUGGGAGGAGUUCGUGCAGUGCCGCGCCUGCCUGCGCGAGUCCGCGCGCGCCUCCGCCUUUCACGAGCUCUCCUUGCCGGUGAAGCUCGACUCGCUCGGCGGCUGCCUCGACGUGCGCUGCUCGCGCCGCGAGGACACGCGCGGCUGCCUCGACCACUUGCUCGAGCCCGAGGAGCUGAGCGGAGACAACGCAUACCACUGCGACCAUUGCGGCGGCAAGCGGGACGCGCUCAAGGGCUGCCGGCUCUGCAGGCUGCCGCCCAUCCUCACCGUGUCGCUCAAGCGGUUCGACUUCGACCUCGCCACCCUCCGCCGCGUCAAGAUCGACCAUUUGGUCCGCCUCCCCCACGCCCUCCGGCCAGCACGCUACCUCGACGCCACCGCGCCGCCACGCAAGCGGAAGCUCUCCGAGAACUCGAGCGGCGCGCCGUCUGGCGCCGCGAGCCCAGAGGCGGGGGCGGAGGCGGGGGCGGAGGCGGAGGCCGGGCACUACUUCGCCUAUGUGCGAAACCUUGAGCGGCGCUCGUGGCUGCGGUUCGACGACUCGACGGUCACGCCGCUCGAUGAGGCCGACUUGGCGGCUGCAACCACUGACGAUGCGAUCGCCCACCGCGGCGGUUUCGGCGCGUCUGCCUACAUGUGCCUUUACCGGCGCGUGCCUGACAGCGGCGACGACACCUUUCCGAGCGUGCCGCCUCAGCUCCGUGAGUUCCUCGCGGCGCUUCCCCCGCCGCAGACGGUCGUCGCUGCCGCACCGCAGACGGGUGCGGAGCGGGGCGUCCGCAUUCGCGCUGCCGCUGGGCUUGCACCGGUGUCACCGCUAGAAGAGGUGGGAGGUGGCGCGGGAGAGGAGGCCGACGCACCGAUGAUAACUGCGAGCGCAGAGGUGACGGGGACGGUGCACGAGGAGGAGGUGGUCUAG